CGCCCGCCUCGGCCUCCCAAAGUGCUAGGAUGACAGGCAUGAGCCACUGCGUCAGGCCAAUAUUUGUAGUUUCUGUAACUCACCUUAAGGAGGAGGAAUUUCAGUUUCUAUGGCCUGCCUUGCAGGAGAAAAAUGGGAGAAAGAAGGGGGUAAGGAGAAGGUCAGAGAGAGACUUGGCUUCUGAGGCUCUUCCAGUGUCCUUUGGUUCAAAGUACUCAGCACGCCCAAGUGUCAUAUUUUUAGGCAUCGCUUUCUGACCUCUAACAGCACCUUCACUCAGAUGACCACUGGGCAUCUCAAACAUAACCCAGACCAAGCACCGGCCACUUUCCACAUCUCAGAUAAUGACAACUCUUCUAGGUGCUCAAGCCAAAACUGUGCAGUCCUUCCUGCUCUUUCCCUCACUCCCUACAUCCAACUCCUCAGCAAAUCCUGUGUUCUCUACCUUCAAAAGCCAUUCUAAAUCUGGCUGCCUCUCCCUCCCUGCUCUCACCGCCCUUGUGACAUCUCGCCUGGAUAGUGGCAGCAGGCUCCUCACUGGUCUCCAGCUUCCACUGACAUUGAUUCUCGCCACAGCAGUGAGAGUACGCCUUGAAAUCUCUCAGGUCCCUCCUCACAGCCCUGUCUAGACUAACAGCCCUCCCAGAUUUACAGAGCCCCAUCCCACCCCUUCCACCGCCACCUCCUACUGUUUGCCACCCCCUCCCCAGGCCUCCCAGCCUCACUGGCCUUCUUACACAACAGGCCUGAGGGCCACUGCACUGACUGUUUCGUCUGCCUGGAAUUGGCAUGACUGGCUCCCUCAUUUCCUUCAAGUAUUUAUCCAAUGUUACUUUCUCAGUGAGGCCUACCCUGACCACUCUAUUUGCAAUUGCAACCUCCCUACUCCCACAAUUUCCUGUCUCCCUUAUCUUCCUCUGUUUUUUCCGUGCCACUUAUUACCUUCUAACACAUUUAUUAUUAUUAUAUAGUAUUAACUGAACAAAAUUUAGUAGGGGAGACAGGCAAUAAACAAGAAAAUAAAAGCAUGAGCAUAGGAGAGUUUACUCUAGCAGUGAGUGCUCUGAUGGAAAUAACACCCCAGGGAUGGGACACAGACUGCAGGGCAGGUUGCUUUACAAUGGUCCCAGAGGGGACCUCUGAGCAGAGACUCAAAUCUGCGUCCAGAGGCGUCCUGAGGAGUGGAGCUGCGGCUGGGGGUGGGAAGGAAGGCCAUUCUAGGCUGCAGAACUGUAAGGGCAAAGGCUCUGAGGUGGGAGCCAAGUUCAUGGGCAGAUGUUUGAGGACACCUCCGGCUUCCAGGGCCUUCCAGAAGCUCUAGUCUCUUGGGUUUGGUUGUGCAUUCCCGAGACCUUCACCGCAGGCCGCCUCCUGGACCCACUAGGGCAGAGCCUGGGGGCUGCCGGUGGGCUUCAGGCCAGGGAAGCAGAAAUGGGUAAUUUCCAGAGGCAGAAAUCAGCCGACCCCGGUGGGCCGGUGGGUGACCAAAAAAGCUUGACCGGCCCAAAAAGCUUGACCAGCCCUCGCGGGCUGUGUAGGAGCCCGCCCUUAGGAGGUGCCCAGAGCGAGACGUCCCUGGUUUGGCUCUGCCGGGGAAGUAGGCCUAGCAGGGAGAGGGGGACCAGAGAGGAAGAGAUGGACUGAGUUUUCCGUACGGUGGGCCGGGACCGAGGCCCGCGGACCAUCUGAGGGGGACCUCUGGGUUCGAGGCCGCCCGCACCGACCAGUUCUGUGGCUCGGGCAGUUCAACGCCCUCUCAGGCCUCAGUUUCCUGCCCUCGCAGAUCCCGAAGCCGCCUCGGAGAUCCCGGGCCGGUUGAAUACUGGGCGGGGAGGGGCGGUAACUCCAGCCUCCCGGGCGGGGUCUCCCAGCUCCCGCGGCCACGUUGCAGCCCAGGCGGAGGCGAGGGGUCUCGAGCCAAGAUCGCCCUCUGGGGCAUCGGUGCGAUCGGCGGCGGGAGGCUCCCUGGGAACCAGGUGGUCCAAGGGCUGAGCUGUGCGGCCAGACAAGAGGUCCCUGCCCUCCCCCAGUGAGCCCUGCCGUUCCUGUGGGAGCCAUGAAGCUGAACGAGAGGAGUGUAGCCCACUAUGCACUCAGCGACUCCCCAGCAGACCACACGGGCUUCCUGCGCACCUGGGGGGGCCCAGGGACCCCAUCGACCCCUAGUGGCACUGGCCGAAGAUGCUGGUUUGUCCUCAAGGGCAACCUGCUGUUCUCCUUUGAGAGUCGCGAGGGCCGGGCCCCUCUGAGCCUGGUGGUGCUGGAAGGCUGCACAGUGGAGCUGGCUGAGGCUCCCGUGCCUGAGGAGUUUGCCUUUGCCAUCUGCUUUGAUGCUCCUGGAGUGCGCCCACACCUGCUGGCCGCAGAAGGGCCGGCGGCCCAGGAGGCCUGGGUGAAGGCGCUGUCUCGGGCAAGCUUUGGCUACAUGCGCCUGGUGGUACGUGAGUUGGAGAGCCAGUUGCAGGACGCACGCCAGAGCCUGGCUUUGCAACGCCGCUCAUCCUGGAAGUCUGUUGCCGGCCGCUGUAAGCCCCAGGCUCCUAACCACCGAUCUGUGGGCCUGGAGAAUGGCCACUCCCUCUCCAAGGACAGCAGUCCUGUGGGCUUGGUUGAAGAAGGGGGCAGCAGGUCUUCAGGGUGGGGGUUGGCUGAGUGGGAGCUGCAGGGCCCUGCCAGCCUCCUCCUAGGCAGGGGGCAGAGCCCUGUGUCCCCUGAGACCUCCUGCUUCUCUACCCUGCAUGACUGGUAUGGCCAGGAGAUCAUGGAGCUGCGGCAGUGUUGGCAGCAGAGGGCCCAGAGGAGCCAGCCAAAAUGUGAGGAACAGGAUAAGCCCUAAGUCUGGACCCUUUGAGUCAGGAAACCAGGGCCAGUUCUUUUUCAGGAGUUAAAUGUUUACCCAUUUCCAACGUUGUGUUUUGGGAGGGGACAUGGGUUCUCUCCUUCCUGCUAUUUAGGCAUUCUCCAGAUUCCAGAUCCACCCGUGUGUCUGGAAGGGACUGAGGGACCAUUCCUUCCAUCCUCUUUAUUUCCUGAGGUCCAGAGAGGAAAGGAGACUUAGACGCCACAGAGCAAGACCCCAAUCUCCUGACUGCACUGGCCUGACUGGCCCCUCCCAGGGGAUGUUAAUGAAAUGAAGGAAGUGGGAAAUGUCACCUGAGAGUGUCACAGGCUUGCCCUACCUUUGACCUAUACACCAGGCUCUGGAGCCAUAAUUUCCAACCUGGGGAGUCUCGUGUGCAUUUAAAUCCGAGGUAGGCUGCAGUAUUGGCUUGAGGCUCUGACACUGUCAGAGCAAGUGGAUUUAUUGUGUCACAGGAGUUUCUGGGACCCAGCUCUUCCUGAGAGGGGUGGGAAGAUUGGGGAUCCUCACUCAGCAGUUUGGGUAGGGCCCUUUGAGGCAGAGGGUCUUCGGCCAGUGAAGAUUUACUCUGCUCAGAGUGUUGGGGUCCCAUCCUUUCUCCUCAGCUCCCCUGUUAACAGAUGGUGCUGGACCUUGCCCCAGAAGGGGCUUGUAGCUUUUUUAUGUCAACGAAAUGCCCUCCUGUACUCUGUCUUCAGCAGCCAACUCCUGGAGCUGCCAAGUGAGGGGUUAAAGAAGAGGUGGGUAGGCAGCGUGGUUCCCUGGGUAAAGUUUGUUGCUUUGGUUCUCAGUCCUGGGUAUUCUAGAAGUUUGGACACGGGAUUCCGUUUCCUGUGCUAAAAUUCUCCCUCCUGGCUGGGCUCCCGUAAACUGAAGCUACUCGAGAAACCACCUGGAAACUCUCAUAGCCCUGUUUGUCACCCAGGGUGUACUUGCCAGGACCUUUCCUUGCUACUCUUCCCAACAUCGAGCGUGAUUUUUCUAUUGUUCUGAGAGGCAAAGCGGCUGGGUCACCAGAGCCUAACCAGACUGACGCCCCAGGGGGAAGACGCAGAGGCCGGGAGGAGACACCCCCUCCCAAACACACAAAACUUGCCUCUUCCUGGCCUCGGCUCCCCUCACUGGGGCCUUGGGCAGGGGUGACCCGCACCCAACUAGGCCUAAGGGGGACGCUCGGAGCCUCUUACCCCCAGGAGGCGGAGAUGCGCCCAGGGCGGGCGCCCGGCCUGUUCCCCAGCCCUGCCUGGAAGCUCCGCAGCCACUGCAUUUUGUUGACGGGCCCUUCUCUUAUUGCUACAGUGUUUUGUACGCGGUUAAAACACUAGUAAAGCUUUUUCAUUAUUACUCAUUCGUCUCCCUGGGUUUAUUUCCACAGCCGGCCGCUAAGUCCUGCUCCGGCCACCGUGCAGUCCUAGGUGCGGGACCCAGGACCGCGGCCCCGCCCCUGAGGACGCGGACGUAAGGAGCCGGGGCGGUGCCGCUGCUCUCGUGACGUCAUCACGCCGGCCAGUGACAAACACCUCCCACCGCCCCAGGAGCCGCCAGCGCUGCGCGACUGCGAGGGCUGGGCUUCUCGUGUGCUCCUCAAAGUAUCGCGAGGCUUCGGGCGGCGUUCUUCCCGAGGGCGGCACCGGGGCCGGGCGGCGGGGUCCGGGUGCCCUGGUGAGGGGCGGAGCUGGGGGCAUGGCGUCCGGAGCGGCUCGCUGGCUAGCACUGGCACCAGUCAGGUCCGGGGCUCUCCGAAGCGGGCCUAGCUUGAGGAAAGAUGGCGAUGUCGCCGCCGCACGGAGUGGCUUAGGCCAGAGCCUGGUACCGUCGAGAUGUCCUUUGGCCUUCUCCGUGUGUUCUCCAUUGUGAUCCCCUUUCUCUAUGUCGGGACACUCAUUAGCAAGAACUUUGCUGCUCUACUUGAGGAACAUGACAUUUUUGUUCCAGAGGAUGACGAUGAUGAUGACUAACAGGCAUUAUAGAAAGGAGAAAGCAGUAACUGAAGAAAUGGUGAUGCUCUCAGCUUCUCUGCCUUCCCUAUCAGCAGAAGGGCUCAGGGAAGGCCCUCAGCCUCCCAGUCUGGUGAAGCUUCCUGUAUGGUCCAUGACCAUAUCCUACCCCAGGCUCUGGCAGGCUCCCUGAGAUGUGCUGUCCACUAAGCACUGCACAAACAAGCAAUCAAAUUAUGAAUAAACAUAAUAAAUAUCA